UUAAGGGUGAUUGCUUGCAGUGUUAUGGAGGUGGUUGUAUUUCCCAUAUAUGCUGUGCCUAUUAUCUGAUUCAUGCUUGGAAGGUUUCUGUUGCCCAUCAGCAAGACAUUCCGCUGCCGCACAAACAGAACAAUUGGACCGGCUCAAAGUUGCCUAGUUGUUCACUUACAAUGGACAAGAGUCACGUGACUGAGAGGAUAUUAAGCCUCACCUUGGAGAUCAUCUACCUGCUGACUGGAGAGGGUUAUACUGUUGUUAAUAAGUCCAGCUCACAAGUGACACCCGGCAGCCACCCUCACUUGCCCGGGCGGUCCACAAGGAUCAACUCUAAGAAGAUUCUAGAAGUCACCAACAAGAUCAUUGAGCUGCUGACAGGAGAGGUUCCUAUAAGGUAUCAGGAUGUCACUGUCUAUUUCUCCAUGGAGGAAGAGAAGGAGCCUGAAAGCAAGCAGCUAUACUCACCGACCAGAAAACCCAAAACGCCUUGUGAAUCCUAUGUCAAGGAUAAGUCAGAUGACCUUAAAACGCACACAGUAUGCUUUAGCAAACAUCCAAUCUCAGGCCUGUGUAAGCCGAAGACAAAAAACCGUGCCGAUAAACUUGCAGAGGCGCCAAACUUGGGUCAGCAUGAGGCAACUACCGCACCCAAGUGUACACAAUACACGCAGACGGAACUUGACCACAACCGGGAAGGGUCUCCUUUCUGUGAAGACGAUGAUGUCAUUUACUCCACGGCUGAAGAUCCUAUAACGGAAAUGCCGGAACCUCUUGACGAACCAAAUUGCUCUGAUGACGACGACGACGACUGCCUGAUGACCAUCGAACCCGAAAGCGAGAUGGAAGGCAACAUGGUUAGAAGUCAUUCUCAUGCGUCAACGGCUCAGAAAUCUGCGGAGGUUAAUGACCGUCAGUCUGUGUGGCACCCAAGUUGUGUCUCCUCCUACAAGAAAAGUCAUACGGCCCUAAAUCACACCGAGAUUGAAUACCCAUCAGACUGUAUCAUCGAGGUUCCUUCUUUAUGCCCGGAGGGAAGUGUCACCCACAUGGACAUAUAUGCGGCCUCCGACGGCAGGCCAGGGCCGUACAGGCCCACCCAAACCUCAGAGGAAGCCAAGAACGUCAUUUUCAGCAAUGUCUUUACCCCCGCAGACUUCACUCAAGAUGAGUUAACCAGUAUCAAGCAGGAACUGGUUACGUGGGAAGAGGAAAGCCUCUCGUUUCAAGAAAUAUACCUACCUGUGAAACAUAUACAGGAGGGUACAGCGGGUGGGGCACUAGCGAGCCGCAGCAACAACUUGCAUGUCAAUUUUGGUGCCACCCACAUAAAGAUGGAACGUGAAGAGGCGGACAGUGUGGAGGGUUAUCAGCCACAAGAACAGGCCCAGGAGGCGUUUGUGGAUGUUUGCAUAGAAGAGGAUAGCAAGGACUCGAUUAGUUCCGAAAAAUUAAGCACAAGCCAGACUUUGCUGAACUACGCGAAGUAUGGCGAGAACUUUAACAGCGAGCUCGGUUACGCCACGCCGCCAAUGUACAACUGCCCGGAUUGCAAAAGGUCGUUCUCGAACAGCAGCAACCUGGCUAAACACCAGCUGCUGUGCCGCGGUCGCAAGCCCCACGUGUGCUCGGGGUGUGGCAAGUGUUUCGCCAGCGCCUCCUACCUCGUCAUCCACGAGCGCAUCCACACAGGCGAGCGGCCCUUCUCCUGCUCCCAUUGCGGGAAGAGCUUUUCGCGGAAGCCGGACCUGGUCAGGCACGAGCGCAUACAUACCGGGGAGAGGCCGUUCGCGUGCCCGGACUGCGGCAAACGCUUUACCAGCGUGUCCAACAUUUUCAUGCACAGGCGCAUCCACACGGGCGUCAAGCCUUUCCCCUGCUCGCAGUGUGGCAAGAGGUUCAUCAAGAAGUCAGACCUGGUCCGCCAUGAGAAGAUCCACUUGCCGCAGAGACCUCUGCCUUGUCCUGAGUGUGGCCAGCUCUUUGCAUCCAAUCACAUCUUGAAUAAGCAUAUGCUGAGCCAUGCCGGGAGGAUGCAGGUGGCUUUCCAGGGAGGGAGUUAA